AUGAGGAAGGCACGUGAAGAAUUUCGAGCGAAAUUGAUGAAACUGAUCUGUCAGUCCGCCCCAGGGGAGGACAUGGAUGUUAUUCCUUCCGGAGAUGAGAAGAAUAUGCUCCGUUAUUAUUACUACAUUCGUUAUGGCAUUGAUACAAUCCAUGUUGCGCCUUUGGAUAAUAAGAUAAUAUUGCGUGUGCAUAGUCUAGUUCCUUUGAAACUUAAAAAGUGGAAAGAUACUUUAUUCACAUGCACUGAUGAAAUGCGAGAAGACUUCAUGAUGAGCAUGAAGAAAGCGAUUGUCGACUUUGUCUUGAAAGAUCCAAACACAGAAGAGUCACUCGAAGAGGAGGAUACUCCCUUGAAACAAGAAUUGGCCGUGAAAGAUGAUGCAUGGAGGAAUAGAUACGCCGUCGCCAAAAACUAUAUGACGAGAAAUCUACACAGCGUCAAUCCGUGCAUUGCACAAGUUUUACAAAUAUGGUGGAAACAAUUUAACGAGCUUCGCUUAAUCAGCAUGAAGGACAUAAUGAUGACACACGAGGCUUACGAAUUGCAGGACUUCAAUUUUGUAUGCAAGAGGCACAUCGAUGCCGCUGGCAAUGUUCUCACGCUCCAAUGGGUGCCGACAAUACAGGCCGUGUUCCUCCAGCCAAUAAUUGACGAAGAAUUGAUCGAAGGCUACAAGAAAAGCAUUAUCGGUUUAAUUAAUGAGCAGAGAAUUGGUCCAGAAUUGCGAGUUCAAGAUUUUGAUGACUACGUUUGCUUGCUUAACGGAGAGUCUCUUUCACAAGUGGAAGAUUUCAUCAAUGCAAUUCCGGAAAAGACUUUUGAAGAAUUCUGUGAGGAAUCAGUUAAAUAUGUGGAGUUGGCACGGGUUAUACCUUCAACACUUGAAGGGACAAUAGUAAUAGGAAUGUUCAGGAUGCAGAGGAACGAUUUGAUAAACACUUUGCGUGGGGCAGCAACCAGGCUUGCAAAUAUGCUGCUUAGAAAAAUGACUGAGGACUAUCAGAACAUGGUGAAAAUGAUCUUCGACGAGUACGCGUCCAUAGCGAACAAACUACUGACACCGCCGGGCGAUACUGCCGCCUUGAUGGAUUUGAUCGCGUACUGCAAGAAGGUCGAGGAGACUACUCUCGAUGAGAUGGAGGAAAAGCUUCGCAAUGUAAUGCAAUACAUAAUUUUCCUCGGUGACUACACCAGCUUCACACCGCUCGAGAUGAAGGCGAACAAUCAAACAUUCCAUUGGUACGCCCGUAUGCCUGGAGUCAUAGAGGAAUGCAAAUUGAUUUGUGAUCAGAAGAAAAUUGAAUACCAGGAACUCUUGAAGGUUCGAAUCGCUAAAUUUAUCGAAGACUUGGACAUGUAUGAAUUGCAAUGCAACGAGCUUCAAUAUUGGGGUGACAUUAACGAACUCUCUAAAUACGUCACACGUGCUCGUCAUCUUGAUGAAAAACUAUCUAACGCUUUAGUGAAGAUUGAUCAAUUUAACGAGGAAGAGGCUUCCUUCGGCUGGGAACUGUCCCAAUAUCCAAAAAGAAAACAUGUAUAUGAUCGACUUGUACCUUUUAAAAAGCUGUAUGAUGCCGGCUUUGAUUUUCUCGAAAAAUAUCACAACUGGAUGAAGUCAAGGGUUGGCAGUUACGAUCCUGAAGACAUAGAAGGCAACCCUGGUAUGAAACCACGCCAUUGGGAGAAAGUGUCCGAAAUUGUUGGCUUCCCCAUUGUGGUCGAUGAGGAAUUAUCAUUGGAGAAAGUAAUUGAUUUCAAUUUAGAUGAUUAUAUUGAGAAGUUUGAGAGCAUAUCGGAGGCUGCGACAAAAGAAAAUAACCUCGAGAAAGCCCUUGAUAAAAUGAUGAAGGAAUGGGCAGAUCUUAAAUUUGAUAUAUUAUCAUAUAAAGACACAGGAACGUACAUAUUGUCGAGUGUUGAUGAAAUCCAAUUGCUGUUGGACGAUCACAUCGUUAAAACGCAAACUAUGAAGAAUUCACCAUACAUAAAACCAUUCGAAGACACUAUUCAUGACUGGGAAGCCAAACUGAUACUACUCCAGGAAAUUCUCGACGAGUGGCUUAAAGUUCAAGCAACGUGGAUGUACCUUGAGCCCAUUUUUUCGUCACCUGAUAUCCAACAACAAAUACCUGAAGAAGGUCGCCGCUUCAGCGCUGUAGACAAGAUGUGGCGUGAAAUAAUGAAGGCUGCAUCUGCUGAGCCCCGGGUAUUGGACGUGAUAACAAUUGAGAAGAUGUUAGAUAGACUGCGCAAGUCGAACAAUUUACUGGAAAUGGUGCAAAGGGGCUUGAAUGCCUAUCUAGAGAAGAAGCGUCUGUUCUUCCCCCGAUUUUUCUUUUUGUCCAAUGACGAAUUGCUGGAAAUUCUAUCCGAAACUAAAGAUCCUUUACGUGUACAGCCUCAUCUGAAGAAAUGUUUCGAAGGUAUUGCGAAGCUGACAUUCACUGAAGAAAUGGUUGUGACACACAUGAGGUCUUCAGAAGGGGAGAUCGUAAAGUUGACGAUAACAAUAAACACCGCUGCCGCUAGAGGACAAGUAGAAAAGUGGCUUCUGGAAUUAGAAGUAGCAAUGAAGGCUUCAGUGCAUCACGAAGUGCAUAUUUCUUACGAUGAUUAUACGCAGCGACCGAGGGAAGAUUGGGUGCUAAUAUGGCCUGGACAAACGGUACAAUGUAUAGCGAUGACCUUUUGGACAUCAGAAGUAACGGAGGCAAUACAUAAAAGUAUUUCCGCCAUGAAAGCUUAUUGGGACAAAUGUAACUACCAAAUAUCAAAGAUUGUAGAUCUGGUGCGGGGCGAACUUAGUUUGCAAAAUCGAAUCACGUUAGGAGCUUUAGUUGUACUCGAUGUACACGCAAGAGAUGUUCUUAUGUUGCUAAUUGAGUUAAAAGUGCAGCAAGACAAUGAUUUCAACUGGCUGUCGCAAAUACGAUAUUAUUGGGAGGAACAAGAGGAGACCGGAAUGCAGAUUGUGACGCGAAUGAUAAACUCUCAGUUGAUGUACGGCUACGAGUAUCUCGGUAACACCGGACGCUUAGUCGUCACACCACUCACUGACCGUUGCUUCAGAACAUUGUUUGGAGCACUGCAUUUGAAUUUGGGUGGAGCACCUGAAGGUCCUGCCGGCACCGGCAAAACGGAAACAACGAAAGACUUGGCCAAGGCAGUAGCGAAACAGUGCGUCGUGUUUAAUUGUUCCGAUGGUCUCGACUACAUCGCCCUAGGAAAAUUCUUUAAGGGUCUUGCAUCUUGCGGCGCUUGGUCCUGUUUCGACGAGUUCAACCGUAUCGAUCUAGAAGUGUUGUCUGUGGUGGCGCAGCAGAUACUGUCCAUUCAACGCGGCAUCAACUCUGGCGCCACGGAACUCAUGUUUGAGGGCACGCUUUUGCACCUUGACAAGUCGUGUGCCGUAUUCAUCACGAUGAAUCCUGGCUACGCGGGAAGAUCUGAACUGCCUGACAAUUUGAAGGCUUUGUUCCGCUCCGUAGCAAUGAUGGUACCAGACUACGUAUUGAUUUCUGAGAUAGAAUUGUACGCCUUCGGAUAUUUGAACGCGAAACCACUGGCCGUGAAAAUUGUUGCCACGUACAAACUGUGCUCGGAGCAGUUAUCAUCCCAGAGUCAUUAUGAUUACGGUAUGCGAGCUGUGAAAUCAGUACUGCGCGCUGCCGGUGCACUGAAAUUGCGUUACCCUGACGAAGACGAGGACGUCAUAUUGCUUCGUUCUAUUAAAGAUGUCAACCUUCCCAAGUUUCUGGAACACGACGUGCCUCUUUUCAUGGGUAUAAUUGGUGAUUUGUUUCCUGGUUUACCGCUGCCUCAGCCCGGUUUACCGCACCUUGUUGAGUGUCUAAAAGAAGUAUGCGUGAAAAUAAACUUGCAAGCGAAUGAAUUUUUCAUAGAAAAGGGGCUGAUGGAUGAACACGCCGUGGAAUGGACUGUAAUAAAUCCUAAAUCUAUAACAAUGGGACAAUUAUACGGCCAGUUCGAUCCAGUCUCCCACGAAUGGUCUGAUGGCAUCCUUGCUGUCAGCUACAGAGCUUUUGCCGUUUCUCCCAAUGAUAAUCGGAAAUGGUUGGUCUUCGAUGGCCCUGUGGACGCAAUAUGGAUCGAGAACCUCAAUACAGUGUUGGAUGACAACAAGAAGUUGUGCCUGAUGAGCGGCGAGAUAAUUCAGCUUGCACCCACGACUAAUCUUAUUUUCGAGCCCAUGGACCUUGAAGCGGCAUCACCUGCGACGGUGUCACGUUGUGGAAUGAUAUACAUGGAGCCAAAAGGACUGGGUUGGAAGUGUCUUAUGGAGUCCUGGCUUAACACACUUCCGCCAGCCUUGCAUAGUGUCAACCGCAACCUCAUUCGUAAUCUUUUCAAUCGAUUUAUGUCUCCUUUGUUAUGGCUCAUUGAAUACUCCAGUCAUGCUAAGCAAAUGUAUAUCACCUCACGUACUAACCUCGUCAAAGGGUGUAUGAACCUAUUUGACACAUUUAUGGACGAUUUUUAUGAUGAAAAGUGCGUUGAACAGCUUUCGGACCUGGAUGUGAGAGCUCAACUAGAAGGGGUGUUCUUUUUCUCUUGUAUAUGGUCUAUCGGAGCUACCUUGGAUGGCGAUAGUAGAUUAAAAUUUGACAUGAUGUUUCGGGGAUUAUUAGAAAAAGAAUUCCCAGACAAGGUUAUUCAGGCUCUAGGAUAUCCUCGACAAAUAGCCAAACCAGAAAAGCAGUACAUAUUUACUAUUCCGAAGGAUGGAUUAGUAUACGAUUAUAGGUUUAUUAAAGAGGGUAAAGGAAAAUGGAAGCAGUUUCAAGACGACGUGACAGCCGCUCCGCCAAUAAGCCGCGACACGCCACCAAACCAGAUCUUGGUCACUACACUCGACAGUGUACGAUAUUUAGCGCUUUUCAAACUUCUAGUCACACAUCACAAGCCGGUGAUGAUGGUUGGACCCACGGGCACUGGAAAGUCUUCAUACAUUAUCGACUACCUUGUAAAAAGGGUUGAUACAAAAGUGUACAAAGCACUUAUCAUGGCAUUCUCGGCACAGACUAACUGUAAUCAAACGCAGGACAUUAUAAUGGGCAAACUUGACAAAAGAAGAAAAGGGGUAUACGGGCCACCAAUUGGUUGUUACAGCGUUGUUUUCGUGGACGACGUGAGCAUGCCCCAAGCUGAGUUCUAUGGCGCUCAACCACCGAUUGAAGUGUUAAGACAGGGAAUCGAUUUGGGACUUUGGUAUAAUAGAAAGACGAACGACGCCAUGCACCUUAUUGAUGUGCAGUUUAUGUGUGCCAUGGGUAAACCAACGCCGGGAGCCAAACUUGUGACGCCGAGGUUUACACGCCACUUCAAUUUCCUAUGCAUCGAUGAAUUCGAAGACGAUACUCUCAAAGUCAUUUUUAGCAGAAUUAUGUUAUGGCAUCUGGACACAAGGGGCUUCUCAAAAGAGUUUGAUCCUUGCAUAGACGAGAUUGUAGCUGGAACAUUAGAAGUAUAUAAGCAGUGUAGAUUGAAUUUGUUACCCACACCAUCUAAGUCCCACUACACUUUUAAUCUACGAGAUUUUUCCAAAGUGAUUCUGGGAGUACUGUUGUCGGUACCAGAAGUGACACCAGACCUUCAAUCAAUUAAACGACUGUGGAUUCACGAAUGCCUCCGCGUCUUUUCCGAUCGUCUGAUUGAAGACGCUGAUAGACAAUGGUUGGUGCAAUGUUUAAGGGAGUCUACCGAAUUACACUUGAACGAGAACUUCGACAAGAUGCUUUCUAGGCUGCUAGAUGAUUCCGGAACAAAGAUCACCGAUCUUCACUUGCGAAACUUGAUUUACUGCGACUUCGCAAAUCCCAAAGUAGACACGCGCUUCUAUAUGGAAACAACAAACAUGGACCAUCUCAACACAACGGUCGAUGCCUUCCUCGUUGAAUUCAAUAACAUGUCAAAGAAGCCAAUGAAUCUUGUGUUGUUCCGAUUCGCGAUAGAGCACGUGUCGCGGAUCUGUCGCGUUCUGACCCAGCCCCGAUCUCACGCGCUACUGGUGGGGCUCGGUGGCUCCGGUCGACAAUCCCUCACGCGCCUUGCCGCUCACAUCAACGAAUACGACCUCUUCCAGAUCGACCGCCAACGCGACAAGUCGCUACAAACGGACGGCAGCCCGACGGCGCUUUACGCGUACUUUGUAUCGAUCGUGAGGGACCAGUUGCACAUUGUCCUGGCUAUGUCCCCGGCUGGCACAGCGCUGCGCACUCGCAUCAGGAAGUUUCCCUCCCUCGUCAAUUGCUGUACCAUCGAUUGGUUCCAGGAGUGGCCACCGGACGCCCUGUUAGCAGUUGCAAAACGUUUCCUCAAAGACGUAGAGCUCACGGAAUUGGAACGCGAGACCGCCAUCAAGCUUUGCCAAAUGUUCCACACCGACACGCAAGAACUGACAAGGCAGUUUCUCUUGCGGCUGAAGAGAUAUAACUAUGUCACGCCCACUGCUUAUCUCGAACUCAUUAAUAUGUUCAAAUCGUUGUUGGGCAAAAAACGCAAAGAAUUAUUGACGAAUGAAAAACGUUACAUCACUGGGCUGGACCAACUCGCUAUUGCAGCGAAAUCUGUUGCCGCGUUGCAAGAGGCGUUAGAAAUUCUUCAGCCAAAGCUGGCUGCGGGCGCGGCAGCUGUUGCCGAAACGACAGCCAAGGUUGAGAAAGAGAAAGAAGGAGUUGCAUUGGUUGAAGCAGAAGUGUUGAUGGAUCAGGCCGCUGCUGAGGAACAGGCGAAGGAAGCUCAAGCAAUAAAAGACGAAUGCGAUGCUGAUUUGGCUGAAGCGAUGCCAAUUCUUAACGCUGCACUGGCUGCAUUGGACACGUUAACGCCACAAGAUAUAACUUUCAUCAAAACAAUGAAAAGUCCGCCGCGUGGAAUCAAACUAGUAAUGGAAGCGAUUUGCAUACUGAAGGAAGUGAAACCUGACAGGAUCCCGAAUCCAUCGGGCGUGGGAACCAUCGAGGACUACUGGGGACCGUCGAAGAAGCUUUUGAACGACAUCAGAUUUCUGGAGUCACUGCAGAACUACGACAAGGACAACAUUCCGCCGCCGGUCAUGAAGAAGCUCAUGGCCACGGUGAUGCAGGACGACGGAUUCGUGCCGGAGAAGAUAAAGACGGUGUCCGUGGCGGCUGAAGGCAUGUGUAAGUGGGUGAUUGCUAUGACGAAAUACGACAAGGUCGCCAAGAUCGUGGCGCCGAAAAAGCAGCGUUUGGCGGCGGCACAGGCCGUUUAUGACGCGGCAAUGGCCGCUUUAGCGAUCAAGCAAGCGCAGCUCAAAGAGGUACAAAUGAAGUUAGGAAAGCUAGAGGAAAUAUUGGCCGAACAGAGCCGUCAGCAGAAAAUUCUGGACGAUGAAGUGAUGGACUGCAGUAAUAAACUGAAACGGGCUGAAAUGCUUAUUUCGGGCCUCGGUGGUGAAAAGACCAGGUGGACUCAGAUAGCGAAGACCCUCAGAGACACUUACAAUUCCCUCACAGGUGAUAUAUUAAUCGCAGCUGGCGUUAUAGCCUACCUUGGUCCUUUUACUGCUGCUUUCAGGAAUUCACAGAUAAAGGCUUGGGCGAAAGCGUGCGACGAGUGCGGCAUAGUAUGCACGCUGCAAUAUAGCCUGGCGCGUGUUCUUGGCGAGCCCGUCACCAUCCAGCAGUGGAACAUCGACGGCCUGCCCGACGACGACUUCAGCUGCGAGAGUGCCAUUAUUAUUAUGACGGCACGUCGAUGGCCUCUAAUGAUAGAUCCGCAAGGGCAGGCCAACAGGUGGAUAAAGAACAUGGAGAAACCUAACAAUUUGUGCGUGGUCCGAAUGACCCAAGCGGACCUUAGCCGAGUGCUAGAAAACGCAGUACAGUUCGGCCAACCGGUAUUGCUGGAAAACGUUUUGGAGGAACUAGAUCCCAUGCUAGAGCCGUUGUUACAACAGCAAACCUUCCGCCAAGGUGGCGCACUUUGCAUCAAAAUUGGAGAUGCCAUAGUUGAGUACAGCAAAGAUUUUAAAUUAUACAUAAGUACCAAACUGGCCAAUCCUCACUAUCUACCUGAAGUGGGGGUCAGAGUGACGCUGGUCAACUUUAUGUUGGCAAAGGACGGAUUGCAAGCGCAGUUGCUAGCUCGCGUGGUAGCAAGAGAGAGGCCCGACCUGCAACAAGCCAAAGCGGACCUCACAACUCAGGGGGCAGAGCACAGGCGUCUCUUGCAAGAUAUAGAGAAGAAGAUUCUCACAGUACUGUCUACUUCUGAACAUUUGCUGGAAGAUGAAGAAGCGGUUCAGUACUCGCUGGGCUGGUUCGAGGGCCUUUUCAUAUCGGCCAUCGACAACACGGAAAAAGUGGACGAUAUUAAAGAACGCCUGCAGAUAUUACGGUCUUACUUCACUUACUCGCUCUACAACAACAUCUGCAGGAGUUUGUUCGAAAAGGAUAAAACGGUAUUUUCGUUAUUAUUAACGAUCACAAUAAUGGUGGCGGAGGGCCGUCUGAGCCAGGGCGACGUGCUCUUCCUGCUGGGCGGCGCCCAGCCGCGGCACAUUCCGCCCAACCCGGUGCAGUUUAUUAGUCCGCAGGCGUGGGCGGAGUUUAACGGAUUGAAUGAAAUUCCGAAAUUCAAUGGUAUUAUAAACCAUUUCACGGCAAACAUCGCAAAAUGGGAGGCCUAUUGCGACACUCCCGACCCUCAAAACCGACCAUUACCUGAACCUUGGAACUCCAAACUGGAUGCGUUUCAGAAAUUAAUGGUACUACGAUGUAUGCGAAUGGAUAUGAUGGUACCGGGCGUACAAAAUUUUGUUGAAGGACAAUUGGGCAAGCAGUUUAUUGAGCCGCCAUUGUUCGAUCUCUCUUCUUCGUACUCCGAGUCUCACUGCUGCAUACCGUUGCUAUUUGUACUGACACCGGGAUCAGAUCCGAUGGGAACUCUGCUGAAGUUUGCCGAUGACCAGGGUUUCGGAUCGUCCCGUCUAUUUUCAUUGUCAUUGGGCCAAGGUCAAGGGCCGAUAGCGGUGAAACUGAUCGAUGAGGGUGUACGUAGCGGCACCUGGGUGGUAUUGCAGAAUUGUCACUUAGCCAAGAGCUGGAUGCCGAUGUUGGAAAAGAUCUGCGAAGGUUUGACACCGGACAGCACACAUCCAGAUUUCCGACUGUGGCUGACCUCGUACCCAGCCGAUCACUUUCCAGUUUACGUUUUGCAAAACGGCGUUAAGAUGACCAAUGAACCACCACAAGGUCUCCGCGCGAACAUAGCUCGCUCGUACCAAAGCGACCCCAUCAACGACCCGGAGUGGUUCGAAGGCAACAAGCAGACCGAGGUGUUCAAGAAGCUCCUCUUCGCGUUGUGCUUCUUCCACGCCGUGGUACAGGAGCGGCGCCAGUUCGGUCCGCUCGGCUGGAACAUCCGGUACGAGUUUAACGAGACCGAUUUGCGGAUCAGCGUGACACAACUCUACAUGUUCCUCAACGAGUACGAUGAUAUCCAAUUCGUGGCACUGCGGUACUUGACCGGAGAAUGCAACUAUGGCGGCCGUGUAACAGACGACUGGGACAGACGCUGUUUGAACACCAUAUUGUACAAGUUCUACAACACUAGGGCCGUGGAGGAGCACAAAUAUCCUCUGGAUCCGUCGGGCGUAUACUACAUCCCGACCCUGAAGGAGCACGCCGACUUUGUGUCGUUUGCCCGAUCUCUGCCGGCGGCCACCCCGCCCGCCGUGUUCGGCUUCCAUUCGAACGCGGACAUAACCAAACACUUCCGCGAGGCCGGCGAGCUGCUGGACACAGCGAUUCUCACGCAGGACACAAUGGCCGCCGGUGGCGUUGGCACAACGCCGGAGCAGCAGGCUAUGGCGAUAGCCGAGGACGUUCUCGCCCGUCUCCCCGACCAGAUCUUGCGCGGGCCCUCCCACGAGGGCAGCAUAAAGCCGGCCGACAUGAGCCCCAUGUCCAUAGUCGUGAUCCAGGAGGCGGCCCGCUACGAGCGGCUCGUUCAGGUCGUCAGAAGCAGCUCCAAGGCCGUUAUAGGCGCCAUACAAGGUAUCAGCGUGUUAAAUGAUAUCACUGAGGAGGUGCUAACUAGCAUGGUUCGAGGACGUAUUCCCGCACUCUGGGCCGGGAAGAGCUACCCGUCUUUGAAACCCCUGGCCUCCUACUUCGACGAUCUCUUGAAUAGGCUGGAGUUUCUGCAGCACUGGCAUCAACACGGUCCGCCGGUUAUUUUCUGGUUGUCCGGCUUCUACUUCCCGCAAGCCUUCCUCACGGCCGCCCAACAGAGCUACGCGAGGAAAUACAGGAUACCCAUCGACCAGCUUGAUUUUCAUUUUGAGGUCCAAGGCACUACCGAACUGACGGAACCACCGCCAGAGGGCGUUUUCAUCCACGGCCUGUUCAUGGAGGGAGCACGCUGGAACCUGGAGGAAUGCGUCGUCGACGAAUCCUACCCGAAGAUACUCUAUGACAACUUUCCACCGGUGUGGCUGAUACCGCUCAAGCGGGAGGACAUACCGAAGGACGUGUUCUACAACUGCCCUCUGUACAAGACCGGCGACCGUCGCGGCGUGCUCUCCACCACCGGCCACUCCACCAACUACAUCCUCUUCAUGCGCCUUCCGACGGCCGAGGCGCCGGGUCAUUGGAUCAUGCGCGGUGUCGCGUUACUGACGCAACUGCCCUUU